AUGGUUGAAAACUUUACUGGGUUGAAAGUAAAAACAUUGCGAACAGACAAUGGUGGAGAAUAUGUUUCUAAUGAUUUCUCCAAAUAUUGUGUAAAUAAAGGAAUUGUACAUCAGUACAGUAAUCCUUACACUCCAGAGGAAAAUGGUGUUUCGGAAAGAUUAAAUCGAACACUCACGGAAUCUGCCAAGUCCAUGAUAUUUCAUGCGAACAUGCCGAUCAACUUUUGGGCAGAAGCUGUCAACACAGCUGUGUACUUACACAAUAGAAGUCCCACUACAUCCCUAAACAUGAAAACACCUUAUGAACUCUGGUUCAGUAAAAAGCCAGAUGUGUCAAACCUGAAAGUAUUUGGAUCAGUUUGUUUCAUCCAUACACCCAGCAAUCUACGACGAAAGCUUGACCCUAGAUCGCGAAAAGCUGUAUUUAUUGGGUAUCCACUCGACACAAAGGGUUAUAAACUAUAUGAUAUAGAAUCAAAGAAUUUCGUGCGAAGUAAAAUGUAGUAUUCUAUGAAAACAAGUUUCAUAAUUUUAAAGUAGUAACUAAAGAGUUAAUCAUACGAGAAGAUGUUCCAGAAGAGAAAUUAAGUGUUGAUCAUGAACAACACCAUGAUGCUGAAGAUCGAGUCCCUGUACCGACUGUACCUGACAUUGAGGCAGCAGCAGUGGGAGAAUCAUACGAAGAAAGUUUCAUGAAGCAAGUAGAAAAUCUCGAGACAACGAGAUAGAGAAAAGCACCAAAGAAAUUUAGUCCAGACGAGUGCAAUAUUACUGAAUCCUUGACUGCAGAAAACGAAGAGCCACAAUCAAUAAGUGAAGCCUUGAACGGUGCAAAUGCAAGUAAAUGGAAACAAGCAUGGUUCGGUUAAUAAUGGCAGGUGAUGUUGAACUAAAUCCUGGUCCAAUGAUGACAUGUCUUAACAUUGGUCAUAUCAAUGCCAGAAGUCUAGUGAAUGAAGAAAAAUUUGAGGAAAUUUCUUCUUUUAUCUUGCAAAAAAAUUUUGAAUUGUUUGCGAUCACUGAAACAUGGCUAAACAGCCAAAUUUCGAAUGAUGAUCUGUGUAUACCCGGUUUUCAUGCUAUUGUAAGGAAAGAUAGACUAAAUACACGGGGUGGUGGUGUUGCAUUAUACAUUACACAGUCAUUAGCAUUUAAGAGACGUAACGAUUUAGAAAAUAACAAUCUAGAAUUACUUUGGGUUGAAGUAAAAGUACAUAAACAAACCUUACUAUGCGGAGUUUGUUAUAGAGCGCCAAAUAACUCUUUGCAAGAUGUAUCAAUUUUUUUGGAUUCCUUACAAAGUAUUAUAGAUAAAAUACGUCAAAACCCACACACGUUUAUAAUGAUAAUCGGUGACUUAAACGCUCACUAUGAUUGUAAUAAUUUAUCAAGCACUGGUUUUGGUAAUCACUUUAACCAUUGGCUCCAGUGCAAUGCACUGUAUCAAAUAAUCAGAGAGCCGACCCGUGUAACAGAAACUACAUCUACAAUAUUAGAUGUUGUUAUUACUAAUUGUCCACGAUAUUUUUCUGAUUCGGGUACAUGUAGUCCACCAUCGAAUUGUGAUCACUCCUACAUCUAUACAAAAAUGAAAAUUCCGUACUAUAAGCAAAAGUCCUUUAAACGACACAUUUGGGAUUUCUCCAAUAUCAAUAUAGCACAGCUUAAUGAGGAACUUUCAAAUCUUAAUUGGGAAAAUUGUGAAAGAGAAAAUAACCGGAUUGACGAUGUUUAUAAAAACUUGGUUUGACUAUUUUUACUCAACAGUUAAAAAGCAUAUUCCAAAUAGAAUAGUUGUAAUACGUCCUAACGAUAAACCAUGGAUGACAUGCGCUGUAAGAAGUGCAAUUCGUAAAAGAAAUAGAAUUUUAAAGCAAUUUUCUAAGAAAAAAACUCGUUUAUUGUGGAAGAAAUAUAAAGAUCAAAGGAAUUACACGACAACUCUGAUUCGAGAAACAAAAAUAAAAUAUUAUGAUAAACUAAAUAUCCAAUUAUCAGAUUUUCGUUUGGGCCAAAAAAAAUGGUGGAGUUAUGUUAAGUCAGUUUUUAAUAAUAAUUGCCGUGUAUCAAUUCCAGUUAUACGGGAGGGAUCUCAGAUUGUUUGCGAUGCGCAAAAAAAAAGCGGAUUUAUUUAAUGAAUAUUUUGUAAGUGAAGCGAACGUUGAUGACACAUAUCAUGAACUACCAGUCCUAGAUUAUUAUUCUAAUCACACAGAUAAAACGUUGUCUAUAGUUCAAACAACAGAAGAAGAAGUGAUUAAUCUCCUCUAUAAAGUUGAUAUUACAAAAGCUAGCGGUCAUGAUGGUAUUGGCAAUAGAAUUAUUAAAUUAUGUAGCCGUGGAAUUGCCAAAACAUUUACAUGUUUAAUUAACACAAGUCUCCGAAUAGGAGGGUAUCCAACUGAAUGGAAAAAAGCAAAUGUAACUCCUGUCUAUAAAAAAGAUGAUCAUCAAUAUAAAAAGAACUAUCGUCCCAUAUCACUUUUACCGUCUAUAUCCAAAAUACCAGAAAAAAUUGUAUUCACUAGACUAUUUGUAUUUUUAUUAGAAACUAGAUUCCUUAAUGAUUUUCAGUCCGGUUUUAGACCAGGAGACAGCACUGUGAACCAACUUACGUAUAUAGUUCAUAAGAUCUACGAAGCUCUAGAAAUGGGUAAAGAAGUCCGUAUGGUGUUUUUAGAUUUUAGCAAAGCGUUUGAUAAA